AUGCCCCAUUUAUAUCGCCCUUAUAACGGAACGCAGCCCGAACUGAGUGAGAGUGUCAGCAUGCCACGAACAUAUGUGAGAAAGUCAAAUAGGGUUCAAUGGUCGGAGUCAGACAUGCUUUUAGCCAAAAAUUCGGUGAUGGAAGGUAGAAUGGGAUAUCUUUUAGCGUCAAAUACAUACAAUGUACCUAAAAGUUCAUUAGAAGAUCGUAUAAAGAAGAUAAAACGUGGAAAAUCAAAAUAUGAAGUGUUCCGAAAGUGCCCUGCUACUGAAAAAUGCGUCUUUACUGAUGAGUUGGAAGAUAUGUUAGUCGAAUAUAUCAAAUUAUGGAAUCUCGACUAUUUGGCUUGA